UCAUCCGGAGUCAACUAGCAUGCCCGUUUAUGUACUACAUGGAACGAGGCUUAGGAUAACUCAGAAGCAUCCUGGCUUAUACUUACUACCGUAGACAGGUCGAUUCCCCCUAUCAAAGGCGUCCGUCAGACUGAACGCCACUGUCAUGUCAAGCCUCCUUGGUUGCUCAACUUUAUAUUUAAACUCCAUUAUAGGAUAUGAUGAAACUGCAAAGCAGGUUCCCGAAAGUGUCUUGCAACCCGUCACAAGCGUUGGACAUCCCAGCCUUAUCGACCCCUCUGAUGCGCCAGGUUUUCCCGAAGGUGGUUUUACCGCUUGGAGCACAGUGCUGGGCGCUUUCUUGAUCCAAUUCUGUGGUUUUGGAUAUACCUCCGCUUACGGUGUCUUCCAGGACUUUUACACUCAAACAUACCUGACCAAUUCCACACCAUCUGCAAUCGCCUGGAUAGGAAGUGUUAAUGGAUUCUUGUUAUUAUCAAGUGGUCUCGUGUCAGGACGGAUGGUUGACCGGGGCACAUUCUACCCUGUGAUGAAAAUCGGCUGUCUCCUUCAAUGCUUCUUCCUUUUUAUGCUGUCUCUGGCAAAACCGGGUGAAUAUUAUCAAAUAUUCCUUUCCCAAGGUAUCGGUUUCGGUAUUGCAAUUGGCCUUACGAAUGUUCCCUCUAUCGCCGUAGUAUCGCAUCACUUCCAGCGACGCAGAGCUGUUGCGAUGGGAAUUGUCGCUGCGGGGGCGUCGCUGGGUUCAAUCUUGCACCCCGUCAUGCUCAACAAUCUUAUUAAUGGAAGACUUGGCUUUGCAAAUGGUGUCCGUGCCAGCGCAGGCUUGAGUGGUGGCCUGCUUUUCAUCGCAAAUCUCCUGAUGCGAACGAGGCUUCCACCACAAUCAAAGGCCGUUAACUACACCCGUGUUUUGCAAAACUCAUCGAGAGAUGGUGCUUACAUUUGUGCUUGUGUAGGGCUGGCUGCUUUUGAGGUCGGAUUCUUCUUCGAAACAUUUUAUCUCCAGUUAGAUUCCACCCUGCAUGGUCUAAGCCGAAGAUUUUCGUUUUAUUCACUUACAAUCCUUCAUUCUGGUUCUUUCAUCGGAAGACUUACUGCGGGUAUUGUCUCUGCCUACGUGGGCAUCCCGAAUACAUUCGUUGGCUCUUCAUUAAUAUCCUCCGCUGUAAUAUUUGCAAUGGUUGGCUUGCACUCGGUGGUCAGUGUAGUUAUGAUAGCUGUAAGCUAUGGGUUCUUUUCCGGAGGCCUUGUGGCAAUGAUGGGCCCGUUGAUAUCGUAUCUAACUCCUGAAAUCUCACAUAUUGGCGCGCGGAUGGGAAUAGCAUUUGCAAUAUCUAGCUUUGGAUCACUCCUGGGUCCACCUAUUUGUGGGGCUUUCCUGACGUCGCGUUACAUCUGGUGGAAGGCUGCUAUAUUUGCUGGGAGCGUCGCUACUGGCGGCUGCAUCAUGUUUGUAUUCAUGCUAGUCAUCUUGAGGAUCCGUCAAAAGACUUCAAAUGUUUACUCCAAGGAAGCUGGUGUCUGAUUUGUGUCACCCCGGCAUGUAUGUAAAGUCAAGAACCCCGAUUCACGUUGUACGUGAGUACUGAUUGUCAAUGGGUUAUGAUGUCAUGAGAAUAAAUGUCGCUAAUAAUGUCGCGAAGUGUACCGAGUUACACAGACGCCGUU